GUGGGUGUGCAUUAUUUAGAGUCAGUAAAGUUUGCACUGCAUGCUGCAAUGGAUUUGGACGAACUGCUCUCCUUUCAGCCGUUAGGGAAACAUUCCCUGGAAGAGAGAGACGAAUCAAGGCCUUCCAAGACAAGCAAGGCAGAGGGGAACGGACUUAGUGAUCAGGAGAAACUACUGCUGCUGCAGAAUAUUGAUGAUGAUGAUGAAGAGCCAUUGGAGGUCCUGGAGGCUGGGGGAGUCAAGAGAAUGCUCCUGUCAUUAGAGAAGAAAGUUCUACGUAACCAAGAGAUGCGUAUCAAGUUCCCAGAUCUGCCUGAGAAAUUCAUGGAGAGUGAAUUGGAGCUGAACGAUGAGUUACAGAAGCUGCAUAUCAUUGCCACCGUACCCGAGUAUUAUCCUGUGCUUGUGGAGACUCGUGUGCUGGUUACUCUGCUAGGUCUCCUGGGUCAUGACAACACUGACAUCUCCCUCACUGUGGUGGACCUACUUCAAGAGCUGACUGAUGUUGACACUCUCUCAGAGAAUCAGGAGGAGGCAGAGGGACUAGUGGAUGCUCUACUAGUGGAACAGGUGAUUGCCUUGCUGGUGACCAACCUCGAGCGUUUGGAUGAGCGUAGCAAAGAAGAGGGAGAGGGAGUCUACAACAGUUUGUCUAUACUCGAGAAUAUGUGUGAAGUACGUAACAACGAGGUAAUGCUAGCAGCCGGGGAACAAGGUCUACUAGUGUGGCUACUCAAGAGAGUACGCAUACGAUCCUACGAUCCUAACAAACUCUAUGCGUCUGAAAUACUUGCUAUAAUGCUGCAAGGACACGAAACCAACCAACGAUUGCUAGGAGAGAAAGAUGGUAUCGAUGUAUUGCUACAAGCUUUGGCCUACUACAAGCGCAGGGACCCCGGUGGAUUGGACGAGAUAGAGCUCAUGGAGAACCUGUUUGACUGCCUGUGUGCUGCCCUUAUGUUCAGUCCCAACAGAGAACGGUUUCUGAAAGGGGAAGGACUACAGCUGAUGAUACUCAUGCUCAAGGAGAAGAAGAUGUCAGGAAACAGUGCUCUCAAGGUACUCAACUAUUCCCUCAGCACACCCAAAGGGGCCGACAACUGCAACAAAUUUGUGGAAGUGUACGGACUGAGAAGUCUGUUCCCUUGCUUCAUGAAGACACCAAAGAAAUCCAAGAAAGUUGGCACUAGUAAGAGUGAGCACGAGGAGCAUGUUUGUUCGAUUGUGGCUGCCUUGUUUCAGAACGUAACAACGGGCGCAGGACGAGAGCGUCUCAUUGGCAAGUUCCUGGAGAGAGAUCACGAGAAAGUUGAGCGAUUGGUUGAACUUCACUUCAGCUACUCCCGUCGUCUCAAGGAAGUGUCUGUCGGAGGGGAGGAUGAAGAAGACGUGUAUCUGGCUCGAUUAGAUGCUGGUCUCUAUACACUGCAGAUGGUUGACUAUGUGUUGGCAGAGCUGUGCUUGUGUGAGAAGGGGAGCAUACGGGAGAGAGUGGUGACUCUACUAGGUGUCCAUGGGGAGAGCCUCGAGGCCAUACAGCAAGUACUGAGAGAAUAUGCUGUCAGUCUGGGAGAUGCUGAUACAACAAAGACACUCAAUCAACUAGCCGACAAACUAUUACCAUGAUCUGUGUAUAUAUUAUUCCCUGCUUCUUCCCUUUUAAUGUUAAUAAAAUUUUGCACUGAAAAGAUAAUGAAAAAAAGAC